GUCUUUUCCCCCUCUCCUUCGCGUGCUUGUUGGAACCUAUCGUGUGUACCUGUCAACGUCAAUUGCCAUAAAGCUUCGCCUUACACAGUGAUCUGCUUGCUUCGCCUUAUCCUUUGCUUGAACAACAUCCCACUUACCUCUUCGCCAUCCCUCCCAUUACAAUUGACCAUGGGUCAGACCGCAUCUCAGCCUGCACAUGACCGCUCCCUGAGGGUUAUUGGCGCCGGCUUGUCGAGAACAGGAACAACAUCCUUUGGCGCCGCUUGCUCAUACCUCCUCGACGGUCCAUGCUACCAUGGAGGUACUCAAAUGCUCAACUCUCCAGAGUCCCACAUCAAACGAUGGAUCGAAAUCAUCAGACACACCCCCAUCAAGUCCGAAGAAGAUCGUAAAGCCCUCAACGAAGGGGUAAAGGAAAUGCUCGACGGUUACGUCGCCUGCACUGAUCUCCCGUCGAAUGCCUUUGUCGAAGAGUUGAUGGCCAUGUAUCCGGAUGCCAAGGUCAUCUGCACCGUCCGAGACCCAGAGAAAUGGUGGAACAGUCUGGCGCCAAUCGUCGAGAAGGGAAACCUUACAAUUCUGUCAUGGAUUCUAGCACCGCUACCAACUCUCCGAAUGUUCCGCGCCUACCACAACGCCCUGGACGAGGGUCGAGUCGGAGAACUAUACUUCCGUGAGGGUGAACCACAAAGACCAACGCGAGCCAUGUGGGACCGUCAUAUCGAACACCUGAAGAAAGUCGUGCCAAAGGAAAAGCUGUUCUUCUAUGAUGUCCGUGAUGGCUGGGAACCUCUAUGCGCUAUCCUCGGCGUUCCUGUUCCAAAGGACGUACCUUUCCCCAAGUUGAACGACGCUCAGGCCAUGGAAUCCUUCAUGCAAGCGAGUAUGAGGAGAGGGUUGAUGGCCUGGGCUGGCAUCUUCUUGACUGCUGGUGCUGUAGGCUUCUCGGCAGCCAAAUAUGCCAAAGUGUUAUAAAAACAAAAGUCGUUCUCGGUCUGGUAUUUGUGGCUUCACUCGGAGUAUGGGUACGUUUUUAAUGGGUUGGCGUUUCUGGACAUCGUCGAACAGAAGAUACCGAAUGGAUGAUUGAUCCUAUGUUGAGAUUUCUGGCAGGCAAGACGUAUUGAUGACGAUGAGGAGGGGCAAUGGAUCCUAUCUCUGGGAUGAUAUUGGCAACCCUGAUGAAUGACAUAGACUGCGUCGACUGUAGUCGAAAGACUUCUAGAUGAACAAUUACCUUGUGGGCGCUCGGGUUCAUGUGGGACAGAUAUGCGGACCCUUUCUUGGGUUUGGUAUAAUUCAUUAAUACACGAAUGUUGCAAUUG